AACAUUGUUCUUCAUUUGAAACUGUUACUUAGAAAAAAUCAAUAACAACAGUAACCAAAUGCUUAAACAUGAAUAAAUACAUCAGAUUUCCAGUCACCCAUGAGAUCUCACCAGCACUGAAGUAUCAAAAUGAAGCGACAGUGUGACACAGAGCGACUUUAUCUGGAGGUGUCCACUGUAAAUGGAGCAGUGUCUCUCCCCCUCCACACCUCCAUCACGCUGUUCCUUCUCUCCUACACCGAGUGUUCAUCCUUUCACGUGCACCUGGUCACAGAUCAGCCUGAUGUUCUGCAGUCUCUGUCAGGUUUGGUGCCCGAGGGUCUCGAUGUUGCGGAGGUGGUGAGAGAGGAGCUGCCAGAUCUGGUUAGGCUGUGCCGUCUUCCGGCCGCAUUAGAGCCUGACGCUGGCUUCUGCAGAGCCGGUCUGGCUGUCGUACUGCGACGCAUCAUUCAGAAGACGUGCCAGCUGACGCCAGGCCGCAGGGAUGUCGCUUCACUCUUGGGCUUUAAGAACACCUGUCUGAAGGCUUGUGCUGAAGUGAGUCAGUGGACCAGACUGUGUGAGCUGGAGAUUCCCUCCGCAGUGGAGAAGCACUUACAGAACCCUACAAACCACACGUUUCUUCUGCCAGUUGCGAUCCUCAACUUAGAGAAGAGCUUAGGGGAACCCGUCAAAGUCCACAACAAUGACAAGAUACGCAGACAGAAGCUUCAACAACAGAAGACGAAUUCCUCUCAGAGUGAUGCCCAAACAAAUGGACCCAGUACUGAGCUAGGAGUCCAAGAAAAGAGCCACAGGGUUGAACUCGAUGCUGCUCUGGCUAAGCUUUCUGUUGAUGCCGUCCCUUCUGUCUCCACCAGAGAGCGCUCUGACAUUAGGAAAGUCAAGACCACAGAUCUGCCUGAGCUGGAACAUGUGUUCACAGAGGGCUUGUACUUCACCCUCACUGAUGUUGUGCUGCUGCCGUGCAUCCAUCAGUAUCUGAUCUCCCUUCAAAAGCACUCCCCCACCACCCUCUCCCAUCUCCCCUUGUUGCUGAAAUGGUACCAGCGUGUGCAGGAGCUCCCCAUUGUUUCCAGGCCCGCAAAGGAUUGUGGGAUGGCCCUCCUCAGUCUAGGCACGGCUGACCCUUUCCCCUCCCACCCUGAGCACCCGCUACCCAUCGAAGCAGAGCAGAAAAGCCCCGCAAUCAAACAAGAGCCCUUCAUCGGGGGCCCGAGGCCAACUUUGACCAAGCUCCAAGAAAAUGGAAUAGAUGCUGUUUUCUCUCCUCAUCCGUGCCCAUCACGGACCCUCGACUGGGAUAGUUUCCCUGCGGCUGUCAACCCAACUGAAGGUAAAAUGUCGGAUGCCCGUGCCGUACGAAAACAACAGCAACUAAAUAACCUGGUCGCCAUGGUGAUGGAGAUGGCCCGCCCAGGCCAGACUGUUGUGGAUUUCUGCAGUGGAGGGGGGCACGUCGGGAUUGUUUUGGCGCACACGCUUCCGAAAUGUCAGGUGAUCCUGAUUGAGAAUAAAGAAGAGUCGCUGGUCAGGGCGAGAGAAAGAAGCGCUCAGCUCGGGCUGAUGAAUAUCGGCUUCAUCCAAGCAAACCUUGACUACUUCACCGGAAACUUCAAUAUCGGGGUGGCCUUGCAUGCGUGCGGAGUGGCUACUGACAUGGUGCUGGAUCGCUGCCUGCAGGCGAGGGCAGGAUUCGUGGUUAGCCCCUGCUGCUACGGAUUCAUUCAAAACACGCUCAAGUUCAACUUCCCCAAGAGUAUGAGGUUUGCUGAGACUUUGAGCUAUAAGGAGCACAUGAUCCUGUGCAGGUUUGCGGACCAGACAGAAGUCAGUUUACCCCUGGAACGACGAAUAAUAGGGAAACGUUGUAUGGGAUUGGUAGACCUGGACCGAAGCUGGGCCGCCGAGACUCAUAGGUAUUCUGUAAAAGUGAUGACCAUGGUCCCUGAGGCUUGCUCUCCCAAAAACAAUUUGCUGGUGGGGGAACCUGUGAGAUAGCAUUGCAUUAGAAUCUUUCUUGGACUGAUUUGGUUUUAAUUUGCAAUCUUUAAUUCAUUGUUUUUAUUCAUUGUUUAUUUACCAAUAGCAUGGGUCUCUCUCUCUCUCUCUCACACACACACACACACACACACUGUUGAAUAAACAAUGGUCCC